ACACAACAGAUGUCACGACACGAAUGAUAUUUCUAAGUAAAGACAGUAUGUGUUUAAUACGCGAUCAUAUAAGGCAUAAGAAAACGACAGUAUCAUAACGUGUCUAUAUAAGUUGCUUAAUAUAUAAUUCAAAAUUUGUAAACCCAAAAAAUACAAUGUUUUUUCUACUGACAUUGGUGUUCAUAAUUUUACUUAAUAAAACAAACGCCUAUAUCAGACAAGAUACAGAAACAGUAUUGCUGCCGGCGUCGAAUCCGACAGGCGCAAAGGAGAUACCGUUAACUCUGAAAGUUUUCGGACAAUUGAUUCAACUAAACCUGCGUCGAAACGAUCGGAUUGUACCGCCUCAGUUCAAAGUAUGGAAAAAUAAUGGAAAAAGCGAUACAGAAAAAUUGUUACAAUUAAACAUAUCAGAUUCUUGCUAUUAUUAUCAUAAAGAUCAUAUCAGCUCUGCCGCCAUCAACUUUUGUCAUGAAUAUGGAUUGGAAGGACUCGUUUUUGUGGAAGAUGACACAUUAGAGAUUCGGCCCUUGCGGAACGAAUUUACGCCUUGUUUAAUUGACGAUAUUAGAAAACAAACUAAUCUUUCAUUUGGCAAAUCUCAUCUUAUUAAAAGAUCACUGCAAUAUUUUGCUGAUUCAAAUCCUUACUAUUGGGACAAGUUCAAACUAAAGCGUCGUUAUAUACGAAAGGCACAACAAAAUUUAACCAUCGAACUUGCCGUUUUUUACGACGAAAGUGCAUAUCAGAGGAUCAUGCCUUUUGUGAGGAACAAUAAGAAAGAGUUCCGCAAUAUAAUACUAGCGUAUGUGAAUCAAAUUAAGACUGAAUUCAAACAUCCGAGAUUGAAUGCCUUUAUCGAUGUUUCGUUAAUACAUUUGGAUAUGAUAGACGAAACUUAUAUGAAUAAAAGGCGAUUUUGGGAAAUUGACGACAUUCAUACACAGCUCAGACUGUUCUGCGAAUACACCAAUUCUAUCAAUUUUCCGAACGAUGAGGAUCCAGAUCAUUGGGACAUUAGCCUUUUCCUAACUGGAGAAAGUCUUUAUACUUAUUCUCUUAGAAAACCUCCAUAUAAGUUAUACUUAUAUAGAAAGAGUUUUAAUGUUAUAGGAGAAGCUUACUUCGAUGGCGCAUGCAAACGGUAUUACUCAUGUGGGAUAAUAGAAUUCCAAGAAAUCAAACCAUCUUUGAAUCCUGUUCGCCUGAUCAAUCGUCUUUUAGGAGUAGAACAAUAUUCAGGCGAACCGGUUGACAUCUUUAGUAGAGAUGACUUAACCAAUUACAAUAUGACAUGGUCCGACAACAGUCUUAAGGAAAUAGAAAAUCUCUGGAAGAGGAAAACAUGUCUUAGAGAUCGUUCGUAUGCGCUAAAUCUCGACGAUAUACUAGAUGAUAAUAUUAAAAAAAGUUUAACUAUGAGACUUGCCGUUUUUGUUGACGAAGCUGCACAACGUAAGUUUUUGCCUAUUCUGAACAACGAUGAGAAAAAGUUGCACAAUAUGAUAUUAGCAUACGUGAAUCAAAUCCAAGCUAUGUUCCAUCAUCCGAGUUUGGGUAUCUCCAUCGAUAUUACGUUGGUACAAUUGAAAUUUAUGAAACAAUCUUUAGUAAUUGACAAAAAUACGAACCUGCUCGAUUCUUUCUGCAAAUAUGCGAAGUCUCUCAAUCCUUCAAAAUACAAUGAUCCGCAUCACUGGGACAUUGGUCUUUAUCUAACUGGAAUAAAGCUUUAUGAAAUUGAGGACACUCCGAAGCGCUAUUUAAAAGAAGACAAUCAUGUGACCUAUUUAAAAACAAAAUUAACUUUUAUUGAUAAAAUGUGCAUCCCGAAACAUUCGUGCGCCAUAGUAGAGUUUGGUCAUGUAGAAAACUUCUUCUCGGGUUUUGCAUCAUACCUUUGCGCUGUUCACCUAAUCGGCCAUCUUGUAGGAUUGGAAUUUGAUAAAGAUCCUUUCGAAUCAAAUAAGUAUACGGAUGAUAACCCAAUUAUAACUGUAAUGUCGCCCUACCGAUAUUUUCGGGGCUAUGUAACGUGGUCCAAUCAUAGUCGCAAACAAAUAGAAAAACUCUGGGAAAGGAAGCCGUGUCUUCGAUAUCAUACGACAUCGAAAAAUAUCAAUAACGCUUAUGCAUUGGAUCAUUCGCGUUAUCACGAUUUACCCGGAAGAGAAUGGACUGCCAAAGCACAAUGCGAAUUAUUUUUGGGUGACGAAAAUGCGAAUGUAGUAACGUUACAUGAUAUAUGUCAAACUUUACAAUGCGAAACGCCUCAUAAUAAUCAGUCUUACUUUGCGGGACCAGCGUUGGAUGGUACUUUUUGCUCACUCGGGAAAGAAUGUCGUAGCGGGGAAUGUGUGCCUGUUAUCGAACCGCCAUACAUAUUUAAGUAUUGUGAAAACGAUAACUGGAGCGAAUGGAAAAAGGACUCCUGUAGAAGUAGUUGCUUGAAACAAUCCAAAGGCGUGAUAGUCAAACGACGUUCUUGCAAGCGUGGGACUGACAGAACGGCGAAUUGCAUAGGAACAUAUUACGACAUAGUUCUGUGCAACGAUUCUUUACUCUGUAAAAGGGUCUAUUGAGAAUGACAAGCGCAUGACAACCCGCGAGUUUAUUUUCGAAAAGUGCAUCGAAUUCAGUACUGUCAUAUUGGAAGUGAUACAUUUGUCAGGAUAUCAGGGUCAUUAUUAUAAGGAUAGACCAUGGAUAGCUUGUACUAUAAAUUGUAAACGAGAGUAUGCCAUUCCUUUAUACUCUUCAAAUUCUUACACAUCACCCAGUAAAAUGAUCGCUUUUGGCGUGAAUCCAUACUUUCCAGAUGGAGCAUGGUGCCACAAUGAACGUAACCAGAAUUAUUAUUGUCGUAAACAUUACUGUCUGCCGGAAAACUACACAUUCGGAAAAAAAUUUCCAACUAAUUUAUAUCUAAACGAGGAUAUAGAAUUGUAAUUCCAAAACAUGCGUAAUCAAUCUAAUACCGUCAGUUACUUUGUCGAGUUUCUGAAGUUUGUAUUAGACGUAAUAUCCUCAAUAAUUUUUAUUUUAUGCGGAAUCAAUUCAACGCUCGACGUAGAACCAAAGAAUCGAAGAUUGUGUUAAGAGCGGCAUGCGAAACAAAUUUCAUUGCUUAGUAGUUGUAACAGCAAAAAGAAACUCAAUUUGAAAAGUUAUUAAUUAUUAAUUAACAAGAUUAUGAAAGGAGACAGUUGGGUAAAACAGCUUCAGCAUAAAACUGUGGAGUGACAGUCUUAAACUGCAUUAGAAAAUGUUUUGAGCGAAAUUGAAGACGAUAAUAUAUUGUUAUUUAAAUAAUAUCUUGUUAUUAAUGUUUGUAACUAAAAAACAUAAGAAGUUGGAUAGAAAUAACAAAAA